CCCGCGGAGAAGUGCACAUCGCCGACGCAACGACGGUUGUUUUGUCAGGCUGUGCGGUGCUUUUUCGACACUCGAAAUACCGUGCAGUCAACCACGCUUAUUAGAAGGUGCCUCUGUUGGCUAUACACAGUGCGAGUGAGGUUAGAUUAGGAUAAAUUAGCAGCGAAAGAAGAUGGAACUGGCGAGACGGAAAGGAAGUGGUUCUGGUUUCUUGGAUGGUGUGCCACGCCGGUCAUGACGACAUCGAGCCAAGUCGCUCGGAGUGCACCAUCAUCGGCAGUGGCGUUGCAACCCUGCAGCGAAACACACUCGUCUUUCAAAGAGGAGUUUGUGUUUUAGUGGCCCUCGUACGCAGUUCUCGCUUUCUCGUCGCUCUCGCGUAUUGACUCGGGAAAAAAAAAAUAGAAGGCAUGGUUUAUACGCUACUACGUGCGCGAAUGGGAUUGUGGCUCCUGCUGAUGCUGGAAGAGCCCAAGAUAAUGUGUCCGGACUUCGAGUGCCCGUCGGAGCUCGGAUGUCGCGUUGUGCGUGAACGCUACACGGGUUGUCUUCACUGCGACUGCAGCCAUGUGAAUAGCGCUACGGCUGACAGCGAUCAGCAAAAUAGGAAACCCUUAAUUGUAGACGAGCUCCUUGAAUGCCCUCGGUUACGCUGCCCCACGGAGCACGGCUGCUACGUUCUCCAAAGGAGAGGGAAGUGCCCCUACUGCAAGUGCGCACUGGUAGGAAGCCUGUCGUGUCCUCCGAUCGGGAACUGCCCAGAGGAGUACGGGUGUCUGGUCAGGCAGAGGAGAGGAAAGUGCCCCUACUGCAAAUGUGGUUAUAUGAAGCAAGGCCCACGGAACGGGAGCUAGGACCUGUUCAAGACUCCAUCUUUACUGCCAUAAACAGAAGCAUUUGCACAGAAAGCAGAAUAUAGAGGACUAUCACUUCCUCCAACUGUGGGAUCUUAAGUAACAUUGGCUCAAGUACAAGGACUGACCGCUUCGAACAAAUUUAUCCCCAGAUUUCUUGGAGGAAUUUGCGUAAUUCAACACAUAUUUUAAAUUAUCUACUACUACUACUACCACGGUAGGAAUACUCACAGAAUAAAAAUGGUAUGACUCAACA